UCUUUCUCUUUCACUGAGAAAAGAAAGGAGAGAAAUAAAAUCGCCUACGAUGCCGCUUCUUUUAGUGGUCAUAAAUUCAUUGAUUUUUUUUCGUAGCGCCCACUUUCUUUUUGCAUCUUUAAACUUCAUUGACUUCCCAUUUUUAAUUUUCUUUCACUUUCUCGGAAAUUUCCCCAAUUUUUCUUGCAGUUACAAAGACAUCAAAAACAUAAAAAAGUCUUCUUUUUCUGCAUGCUUUCACCGGCUUUGAGAAAAGAUCUGGGUUAUAUACACAUAUACGUGUGUGUUAUGUGUGCAUUUAAUUGAGAAUUUGCGUAUUUAAUUCAGCCGUAAUAUGCCUGUUCUUGGUGAUGGGAUUGUUAUUGCUGCUUAGAACCACUUUUAAAUGGAUACCCACAAAUCUAAUGGCGACCCUCCCAUCAUUCGAAUCCAUUCAAAUAUCGAGUUGGAAUCUUUAGAGGAUAAAGCUGUGCUUGACUUUGAGGAUGAGAAUCUAAGUAGUAAAGAUUCAAUUGGCAGCAAAAAACAAUCAUUUGAUGGCUCUGAUAAAAGAUCAUUAUCUGCUUUGGAAUUGACCAGUAAUUUUGAUGUACCAAGAAAUACUAUUCUUGGGAGUAUUAAGAUUGUUGUAUUCUCCACCAAAAUCAAUUUGCUGAUCCCUUUUGGGCCUUUGGCAAUCUUGAUCAGUGCAGUUACUGGUAGUCAUGGUUGGGUUUUUUUUCUCAGCUUGGUGGGAAUUAUUCCUAUGGCUGAGCGCUUGGGGUUUGCUACAGAGCAGCUGGCGUAUUUUACCGGACCUACAGUUGGAGGUCUAUUAAAUGCUACUUUUGGAAACGCAACAGAACUAAUAAUAUCAAUUUAUGCAUUGAAAAAUGGGAUGAUACGUGUUGUUCAACAGUCAUUACUUGGAUCAAUCUUGUCGAACAUGUUGCUGGUGCUUGGAUGUGCAUUCUUCAGUGGUGGAAUUGUGGUUGCUGAUAGGGAACAAGUGUUUAGCAAGGGAAGUGCUACAAUGAAUUCUAGUUUACUAUUAAUGGCAGUCAUGGGUCUUCUAUUUCCUGCCGUGCUCCAUUCUACACGAACGGAAUUGCACUUCGGAAAGUCUGAAUUGGCUCUUUCAAGGUUCAGUAGUUGCAUCAUGCUGGUUGCAUAUGCUGGAUAUCUCUAUUUUCAGUUGAAGAGCCAGAAAAAUCUGUAUGUCCAAGUAAAUGAGCAGCGAGACAGUCAAACAUGGAAUGCAGAUGAAGAUGAAGCUCCUGAGAUCUCAAAAUGGGAAGCAAUCAUUUGGCUAUUUAUUAUAACUACAUGGAUAUCUGUCCUCUCAGAAUAUUUAGUUAAUGCCAUAGAGGGGGCAUCCAGGGAUUGGAAGAUCCCGAUUGCAUUUAUCAGCGUUAUAUUGCUCCCUAUUGUUGGAAAUGCAGCAGAACAUGCAGGUGCUGUUAUAUUUGCCAUGAAGGACAAGCUUGAUAUCUCGUUGGGAGUGGCGAUAGGCUCAUCAACUCAGAUAUCUAUGUUUGGGAUACCCAUUCUUGUCAUUAUUGGGUGGAUAACAGGGCAUCCCAUGGACUUGAACUUUCAGCUUUUUGAGACAGCAACACUUUUUAUAACUGUUAUAGUCGUAGCCUUCAUGUUGCAGGAGGGAACUUCUAAUUACUUUAAAGGACUAAUGCUUAUAUUCUGCUACUUAAUAGUUUCUGCAAGUUUCUUUGUACAUAUGGACCCUAUUCCAGCAGCGGAUCCACCAAAACCUGGUAAUUAAAGAAAAUGAACUAACUAGAAGACAUGCUUGAGUUUGAGGACAUUGAUACAUCAUCAAAAGCGAGGGAGCUCGAUGGAACUUUCGAUCAACAGUUCUGUCAGGUGUUUUUGUAAAAUAUAGAUUUGGAUUCGAUCAUACUACACAUAUGUACUUUAAACUCGUGUUUAUGCCUUUGAUGUGGCAGCUGCCAUUGAGAAGAUGGCUGGAUUACAGGCUUUAGCUUGCUUCUUGAAAAUUUUAGACUGUAAGAUUAAUAGUGAAAAUCAAAAUGUAGGAAAUUGAAGAAAAGAACAUGUUUCUACUAACUCUUGUAAUAGGAUCUGCCCUGCUUUGUAAAUGAAACCUUACGUAAAAUUCAGUCAGGUGCAGAAAUGUUUACUGUAGUGUUACAUUAACACAUUCCGCCAUGCUCCGGUAUUGUAAACCAGACUCGAAAAUUACUGACGUUGAGGGUGAAGAUGAAUACUGUGAUAUUCUUGGAUAAUAUAGGCAAAAUGUAUCUCCAGGUCUCUGACUACAUAUUUUAUUUAUCUAAUACUUAAAAACAGAUUGAGAUUCAUCUAA